AUGAAUCAAGCGCGGACGAACGAGAUUUUUAUCGAUAAGUAUACGGCGCUUGGGAAGGGAAUCUACAACUAUCAGGCCCAAGGGGUCGUCGAGGUCGAUAGUGCUGCCACGAACGAUCCCGAUGCGUAUCCUGUCGAGGUGAGAGUGACUGAUAAAAAUGGAGCAGAGGAGGGCUUUGACGGCGCCCCAAAGUACCACCGUUCGCAAAUCUCUAGGUUGUAA